AGUUUGCAGUUGAUUCUGUUGUUGUGUCUCUGCUCAAUAAUGAUUAAACUGAUCACGGUCCAGUAUUGGAGAACUUUAGUGACAGGUGUAAACUCUCCUUCUUGGACUUAAAUGUGUCUAAAACAAAGCAAAUGUUCCGCAGUACAAAUUUCUGAGGGCAAUAAUUGAUGACAAGUUAACAUUUGAACCAAACACUGAUGCUAUAUUUGAAGCCAUGAAGUUUUUAUUAGAAGCUCUGAAGUUAUAAUGUUGACAUGACUUUCAUGACAUUGCUUUAUUCUUGCUUUCCUGAAUUUGUUUUAACCUUCUCUUUUAUCUGUUGGUUUGGAUCACCUCCCUUGAAAAACCAGAUUGGAUUAGUAGGUAUCAAAUCUAAAUAACCUCUAAAAAUGGACGUGUAAAAACGUCUAAAUGACCUCUCUGUGGUCUGUAAGGUCAGGGUCACAAAGGAGGCCCAGUCACUUCUGGCUGACCACAGUCAUCAUUUGUUCAGUGAGUUCAGCUGCUUCCAUCUGGUUGCAGAUAUCAUCUGCUGAGAUGCAGAACCAAACAUCUAAAGCACUCACUGAUCCCUGCUGCUAUCAGGACGGUGAAUCGUGUUAUGUAAUUCCCUGUCUUUUGUGUGAAUUGCUUUUGUUUUUAUCCAGCUAAAUUCUCAGCUCUCUCUGCCUUAUCCUUCAUGAACGUUUGUUCUCUAGUUAGUAGACCAACACUUCAGUUCAGAAAGGCUCAACAAACUGCUUUGCAGAUCACUGCUUGUAAGGGAAGAGCAUGCAGAUGAAAGGUGUAGAUUUUUAUUGAUUCAGUGAUCUCAAAUUCCUACCUGAAGUGAGACAUCAUGUCUGUGAAUUAGUCUAAGGUUGUCUGCAAAUUAAAAAUUAACAAAUGAAUCAAAGGUAAUGGAUAUUGACAAAAUGACAGCGGUUUCCAAUAAUCUUGUGACAUGUGGUUUGUAAGUGAGAGCAAUUAAAAUUUCAGUGCCAUAUACAGUAUGUUAAAUAACAUUCAAAUGAUCAUAGCUGCACCUCGACCUCUGGGUGAAAUCUGCUGCAGCCUGCAAAGUGCUCUUAUAUAUAUAUAUAUAGGUGAUCAUAUAUCUAAUCUACAUGCUCUGUACAAAUGCUAGAACAAAGUCCUAACAUGAGAUAAAAACAACAAUAGAUGCAGUAUGCAGACAGUUGUUAGGGUGUGUCAGUAGAACCCAACGUGUUCCAGUCAGUCAGGAACACAUUGUGCAGAAACAGCAACGAGACUGCAGCACAACACGGGAAACUGCAUAGUUGCUAUAGUUGCUCAUUGUUGCUUGCACAAAAAAUCAAAGUCCUCCUUUGCAAUAAUUAUAGUAUAUAGGGGAAACAUGGGCACAACUACUAGAGCACACACCUGGCAAGGUAAAACAGUGUAAAUCCUUAACAAGCUGUUACUUAACUCAGCCAAUGAAUGUGAUAAUCGCACAACUCACAAAUAUCUGUGUGCGCACAACAAAACUGCAGCUUUAACAGUAAAGGCUGGCAUUGCUCGUCGUAUAGCCUGUCCCAUAUGCUACUCAACUUCAUCAGACUUGCAGUGAUUUUUACGUGUUAAUUGUCUUUCUGUGGAAAACCACACUGCUGUUGGUGACAUCUGAUUUGGCUCUGUGAUGUGUUUCAUAUCGAAAAUCAUCCAACAUCCAUCAGGCUGUACUUAAUAUACUGCAUAUUAGAUGGAGAAGUAACAGGGAGCUGAAAUUUAUCUUCACUGAUGAUCAUACACAGAUUAAAUAAUAACUCAUUGAUUUUCUUUUCUGUUCUCUGUCUUUCUCUGGUAUAUUUCAGUGUCUCUUUGACUCCAACUAUGACCUUUUUAACCCCACCCCCUCUCCACCUGAGUCUCCUCCUCCUCUUCCUGUCCUCUGACUCCCCUGUUCUCUCCUGUAGGACUGGGACUCGCAGAGAGUGUGAGUCUGCUCCCUUUGUGCCAGGCCACAACCUGGUGGGGGAGGGCUUUGAUGUGGUCACCCUGCAGCGUAAAGGAGCCUACAUGAUUGACGUGAAGACUUUCCUCACUCCAAAAGACACCUGUACUCUCUGCUCCAACCCUCUUCAAGAUGAUAACCUGCAAAAACUGCCAAUCUGUGCAAAGGAUUGGCGUGCGCUCAGCCGAUGCAAUACUGACAUCUAUAGCAGCGCACACACCUCUGUUAGCUCAUUGAUUGACACUUUCGCCGCCCAGGAAAGUAACAACUGGAAGGUUGGGCUCAAUAUAGAUAAGUUUGUGUCUGCCAACCUGGAGGUGGGAGGAACACGCUCCACUGCGUAUCAGUUUGCCACAGAAAGGACCAGAGAGGAUCGCUACUCCUUCAGCAUUCACAGGGUCACCUGCAGCCAUUAUCGUUACCGUGUGUCAGGCAGGCCACCCCUCAGCUCUGAGUUCAGGAAGGACUUGGCCAGGCUGCCAAAUCACUACAACUCGUCCACCAAGGCUCAGUACAGUGAGCUCAUACAUACCUACGGCACACACUACAUCCGACAGGUUUAUCUUGGUGGGCGACUCAGGCGUGUCACAGCUACUCGUGUCUGUUUGUCCUCGCUGAAUGGGCUCUCCUCAAGCGAGGUCCACUCCUGCUUAUCACUGGGUGUCUCCGUAGGUCUCGGGAAGGUGACAUUAUCUGGUUCCCAACAAUCUUGUAACCAAGUCCUACAGAACCAGGACACUUCCAACUCAUACAGCUCUGGUCUCCACCAACACUACACAGAGGUGGCAGGAGGCACUGGUUGGAUGGGGGAGUUUUCAGUCGCUCAUAAUGACUCCCAGGGUUACAUGAAUUGGCUCAGCACCCUCAAGGACCACCCGGAUAUCGUUUCAUACUCUCUUAGGCCAAUGUACAAGCUGGUUCCUACUGCAACACAGAAGGCAGGGAUGAAGGCUGCCAUCGAGCAGUACUUAGAAGACAAUGCUGUGAAAAUCUCACCCAAAGAACCAGACUGUGGGAGACACACUCCCAACCUGAGGUCCAACUGUUGUCCUCAAGCGGCCUCAAGGGGAACAUUGGUGGUGACCAUCAUCAGAGGCUGGAAUCUAAAAGGAGAUCUAACGGGCAGGACUGAUAGCUAUGCUAACCUGUGGUACGGUUCCAUCUAUCACAAGACUCAUAUGAUACGCUCAAACGAUCCCUGGUGGAAUGCUCGCUAUAAUCUGGGGAAGGUGGACACACACUUGGGCUUGAAGGUUGAGGUUUGGGAUGAGGACUUGCAACAUGAUGACCUUCUGGGAUCAUGUACCUGGACUCUGAGCCAGGGGACACACAGAUUAACUUGUCCAGCCAAGAGAGGCGGCUUUGAGAUCGAGUACACACUGACCUGCGACCCAUAUCUGACUGGAGACAGGUGUAACCGGUACAAACCAUCUCUAUAGUGAGAAACCAUUUUUACAU